UUCAAAACAUAAAAACACAAUAUGAUAAAUAUAAAUAGUGAUAUAACCGGUGUCAUGUCUUAACAUGAGUAGUGUAUCACUAAAAACUCUUUAGUCUCUAGUACUAAAGUAAUAUUUUUUCAUCCAAUAGAGAGGCAUUAGAAGGCUAUACCAUUCCACACACAUAAUGGGGCAUUUAAAUUGAUUUUGCAAGUGAUGCAGCUGCACUGUCAUAGACUUUUAAAAAACGUGAGGGAAAUUAUGUUUGCAUCAGGGUCUUUUUCCCGUAUGAGGGUGUGCCAACCUGCACGCUUCCUUCCUCCUUGCCUUUUAACACUCGAAAACAUCUGCUCACAGGCAGAGUGAGCUUUGUCUGCCUGUAGCAUCUCUACAGAGGUCAUUAUUCAGGUCACAGUUCUGCCUGGUUGUGGAGGUGGAGUGAUAGCCUGAGCCCAAGACCAAAACAGGAUCAGAACUUCAGGAGUGUCACUGCAACUUCAACACCAGAACCACCAGAAAUACCUGACCAGCAGACCACCAGACUCAAGCCAUUAUGGAGGCCCUCUACUCUCUCAACUCCCCAGCAGUCUCCUGCCCCACCAUCUACGGCUCCAACACCUCCAACAUCAUCCUGGCGCACUACAACUUCACCCGCCGGCUGGAGCACCGCAGGCCCCCGCGCGCCACCAUCAGCCUGGCCACGGCCAGCUUCCUGAUGGUCAGCGUGGGAAUCAUCCUCGAAAACCUGGUGGUGCUGCUGGCCGUGCUCCGCAUGCACCGCCUACGCAGCCGCUGGGUCUACGUCUGCAUCGCCAACAUCACGCUGUGCGACCUGCUGGCCGGCGUGGCCUACGUGGUCAACUUGUGCAUGUCCGGGGUGUGGACCUUCCGGCUGACCCCGGCGCUGUGGAUGUUGCGCGAGGGGCUCCUGUUUGUGGCCCUGGCCGCCUCCAUCUUCAGCCUGCUGCUGAUCGCCGUGGAGCGCUACUGCACCAUGAUUGCCACCGGUCCGCAGCAGUCCGCCAAGAAGUCCUGCCGCGUCUACACCAUGGUGGUGCUGUGCUGGCUGCUGGCCUCCGUCAUCGGCUUCCUGCCCUUGCUGGGCUGGAACUGCACCUGCAGCCUGGACAGCUGCUCCACCUUCCUGCCGCUCUACUCCAAGAGCUACAUCCUCUUCACCCUCAUCCUCUUCUUCUUCAUCCUGCUGGCCAUCGGCGUGCUCUACGGCGCCAUCUUCUUUCACGUGCGGGGCAGCACGGCGGUGAGCUCUUGCUCCAGCAAGAGCCGGGCACGCUCCAUGCGGCUGCUGAAGACGGUCAUCUGCAUCGUGGGCGUGUUCGCGCUGUGCUGGGGCCCGCUCUUCUUCCUGCUGCUGGUGGACUUCUUCUGCACGUCGCGCGACUGCGGCCUUUUGCUGGGCUCCGACUGGGUCAUCGCGCUGGCCGUGCUCAACUCGGCCUUGAACCCCGUAAUCUACUCGCUGGGCAGUGCGGACCUGCGUAAGGCCAUCGGCAGUGUGCUGUGCUGCUGCUGCCUGGCCGUGGGCCUGUGUGACGCCAAGACCUUCAUGUCCAAGGAGACGGCCAGCACCUCCGGGAGCCGUCACGACAGCAUACACAACAGCUUCAGCAAAACGCGUAGAGUGAGCACCACCCCCACGCCCCAGAAACCCAGGAAGAUGCGCCUCAGCACAACCACCUCUUGCCUCUCUGUGUCUAGUGGUUAAAACCGCAGGGACACAGUAUAGUAGAAACCACAGGAUACACCUUUCUCACUUCUCACCUAACUCCACCCAAGGCAGGCAGGCAGCACUGCAAAGUACAAGCACUUCUUCAAAGUCGAAAGGGUUGUGUUAUUGUUCCACUUGCCUUUGUCUGUUAGGCACUGUAAAAUGAAAGACUUUUUUAUCACACGUCAAAGACAAUUGCUAACUGUCAGCUGGCAAGGAGGAAACCUGAUGGUUGUGUGUUAGUUUGUGUGAUGUUAUUUGCACUGUUGGACUCGCAGCAUAUGAUGCAAGAAUGCUGCACU